AUGGGUCACGAGUUUACCGGCAUCGUGAGCGAAGUUGGGUCUGAUGUGCGUACCGUUCAAGUUGGGGACAAGGUCGUUUCUCCUUUCACCGUAUCGUGGGGAAACUGUUUUUACUGUGAGAGGGGCUUCACGGCUCGCUGCGACCAAAGCUUGCUCUUUGGCUCUGCCGGACUCGACGGCGGGCAAGCGGAAUAUGUGCGAGUGCCGUUUGCCGACAGUACUGUUUUUAAGGCUCCAGAGACCAUCUCUGAUCGUGCUUUGCUCCUAAUGGCCGACAUUUUUCCUACUGGGUAUUUUGGAGUGAAAAAUGCAAUAGAGCUGUCCCCCACCCUCAAAAUCACCCAGUCCACCAUCGUCGUCGUGGGCUGUGGUCCUGUUGGCCUCUGCGCGAUAGCCUGUGCAUCCAGCCUCCAACCUCGUCAUCUCUUUGCGGUCGACGGGGUAGAAAGCCGACUGAAAAUUGCUCAAGACCUUGGUGCCACGCCUCUGAAAAUCACGAGUGAUCCGGAAGGGAUGCGCCGGCACGUCAUGGCAGCAACAGACGGUCGUGGGGCAGAUAUGGCAGUGGAAGCCGUGGGCCUGAGCCCAGCGUUGAGGACUGCGUUCGAUCUUGUCAGACCAUUCGGGGUAAUCAGCAGUAUAGGAGUCCACAAUGCAGAGAUCCCGUGGACCGGAAAUGAGGGUUAUGGCAAAAAUAUCCGACUUCAGAUGGGCAGGUGCCCCGUCCGUCAUGUUUUUCCAGAAGCAUUGAAAGUCUUGGAGCAGAAACAGCACCAACUGGAAUUCAUGUUCGACCACGUCAUGCCGUUAAACGAUGCUGUAGAAGGAUACGAGCUGUUUGACAAAAUGAAGGUCCAGAAGGUCAUUUUUCGCCCAUAG